AUGGCCGUCGUUACAAAACGUGAGAUUCCGCUGACCUAAGGCAGGCACUUACACAGGUAACCCAACAAGUAGUAAUUACUAAAGAGUGUUUUUGUUAAUGUUUGGUACAUUAAUCACUAUUAUCAGUACACGGGGGUCACGGGCACCCUUUGCCCUCUCCCGGUCCUGUGUUCCCCUAGUUCAAAUCUCGUCUCACCCCUCCCCCGACAAUAGAAUGAUUGUCCUUCUAUUCGUAUCGAACUCUUCUAAAAGCUCAGAUCGUACGUCCCGAACCUAGUUGGCGCAAAUCAUUUCGUUACUAAGGUCAUCGGGCCUCUUCGGAGGCCCCAUUUUACAUGAUUUUAGCCUCAGAAUAGAAAACAAUACUAAUAGAUGAAAAUUGCAAACAUGAAAACUGCAAAACAGCGAGAACUGAACAACAACAACGGCCAAAAAAACCGGCGUCCUUUAAAACAGAUCCCAUCUAUUAGACCAUUGACUGCACCAGGAAAGGAACAUUCUGGUCCAUUCAAACUUGUUGAUAGGCCUAAUACUCUUUCACCAUCCACUGAGUCUCUCCUCAGACCAAAAACAACAGUUGGUUUUUAUGAGGAUCUGCAUGGAUACAGCCUUCCGUCACGCCCCAAAUCUGCUUCAGGGAUGUCAGAUGAUGCACCAAGUGUAUCAAGUACUCCUAGAUCAAGCUUUUCUAAGAAACCCAGACAGCCCAAAGGAAGCAGAAGUCCCAAGGGCAGAAGAAAGUCAAUCAAACCCAAAACACACAUUGCAUGGGAUGAUACAACAGGUACUGACCAGACAUCUAAUGACAAAGAAAGAUUAAGACCACAAGAUGCAAAAGAUGGGGAUCAUCCAUUCAAAUCACCAGCUCACAGCAAGUCUAAAAAAGCUUCAUUUAAACCCAUGUCACUGGUACCUGGAUCUGUCUCUACCAUGGUAGCUCUACAGGAGAGUGAAGAAGAUGAAGAAAUAAGUGAAAAUGUUAGUGAUGGUGAAAUCAAGACUCCUAAAGCACCUUGCUUUGCUGAUGUCCUGAUCUCAGAAGCAAGCUCAGAUUAUGAUACUGAUUUAGAGGAAGAUUUUCCAGAACCACCCAGAACAUUUGACCCAUCUGGCAGAGAGCAGUACAUCAAAUCCUGCAAACAAAAAGACUUGGUCCCUGUGUCAUUUCUUAGCAAGAGGUUCAAGGAGAAAGAAAUCAUAAUGAGGCACCAUGGGUUGGGAAAAGAAGGAACUCUACCGAUUGCUAGAUCUUUGAAGAAAAAUACUUUUACAGAGAAGUUAGAUCUGACAGAUAACUACAUUGAGCGUCAUGGUGCCAUAGCCAUCUCACAAAUGCUUGUUGAUAACUGCUUUAUCACAGAAAUUGAUUUGUCAAUGAAUUUCAUUAGGACUGAAGGAGGAAUUGCUUUUGGACAAAUGCUUUACAAGAAUCAGUCCCUAAAGAAACUUUCUCUUAGAUCAAAUCAUCUGACAGACAAGGUUGCUAAAGUCUUCGCUGAUGCACUAAAGGAGAACAGAACAUUGACUUACCUUGAUUUAAGCCACAAUGAGAUCGGAGAGCUAGGAGGCAUCUAUCUAGGAGCUGGUCUGGCAAUGAAUUAUGGCCUGAAGCACUUCGAUGUCAGCUGGAAUAGCAUUAGGUUUAAAGGAGCGGUUGGCCUUGCACAGGCACUCAAGACUAAUGACUGUUUGACACACUUCAAUAUAUCAUGGAAUGGGUUGUCUCUGCUUGGCUGUGUUGCUCUUGGUCGAUUCCUCAAGAAAAACGAAGCCCUCAUUGAGUUAGACAUCAGUAACAAUCGCAUUGGUCUCCUUGGUACUCAGAAACUUGCUGCAGGAAUUUCAUCUCAUCCUAAUCUAAAGGUUUUAAAGAUUGGUAGAAACCCUAUUGGUGAUGUAGGAGUGGAAUGCCUUCUUAAUGUCAUCAGAACCCACAAUACCAUCAAGUUCCUUUCUCUUGAGGACAUAACUGUUUCACCGAAAAUCUUUGAUGAAAUCAUAGAAUUGGAAAAGGAAAGAGACUUGAAGGUCAUUACAGGUGGUAUAGGGGGGUACAAAAGACCCAAGGAAAUGCCACCUGGAAUGCGAAUAUUACUGGAUUUCGUUCAAGAUAACCGGCUCCGCCUGAUUGACUGGUUUAACCAGUUUGACAAGGAUCAGAGUGGUGGGAUUUCACGCGAAGAGUUUCGUAAAGGACUCAAAGAAACAGGCCUCGUUAUGACGACGCGCCAGCUUGAUCGUCUAAUUAAAUUUAUUGACAUUAAUGAUGAUGGAGAAAUCGAUUACAGUGAACUUCUUCGUGGACGUGAGAUCACGCUACAAGAGUUACGCCACGAAAAGAAGCUCGAAGAAAGAAAUCGCCGUAUCGAGGAAGAUAGAAUGAAACUUCCCAAACUAGAAGGAUACGACUAUGACUUGAUGUGAUGUAACAAACCAAGUCUCCAAUAAAUUUGACCAUGUCAUUAUGACAUCAUCAACUCUGCGAUUGGCUAUGGAAGGACAGCACCAUAACACGUGACAUCGUCUGCUAGUAAGGACCGUCUGACUGGCUAUUUCCUCCCGAGUCCCAUCUUCAUUUUCUCUGGGUCGGACACGACCCUUGAUUCUGAAAGCCUCGAUCCAGAAAACAAAAGUAAAAAACUUUAACUUUGCAAAAUGCAUACAACACUCCCCGGCGUACCGAAUGUUUGAUCAAAUAAGACGCAAGACUUAUGCGGAUGAAGAGCUCAAGUAAAGGUCUUUUGCUCACAAAGGUUUUCUUAAGAUAGCAAACAUGGUGCUUUGUGGACCAGCUUUGGUACAAAAGUUCUUUCUUUUUUGUGGUCAAUUUUGUACCCAAGCUAGACCAGAAUGCAUCUUGUUUAAUGAACUCAAAGAAGAACAAUGCGACUUAUUAACCAUUCCGAGAUUUAGGAAAAAAACUGUUUUUACAACUUACAAAUUUUUUGUCCUCUUAUUGAUGAUGAAAAAUAACCAAUCAGCGCGCGAGAAGUUUUUAAGUUAUUGUAAAAAAAAACUUAUGUCUAUUUGUUAAGUCGAGUUAACAUUGCCUUUCAUUGUUGGACUGUUUUAGCAUUGCUAACUCGACCCAGCUUUCCCUUAACCUUGGAAUGGCUAAUUAAGAAGUCAAUAUCCAAUUUUGGAUGUACUGUUUGAAUGUUCAAGCAUGACUGAAACAUUAAUUUCGAGGCUCCUGGAAAACAAUAAUGCAAUCGUAAUAAUUCUUUUGUUUCCCCGGAGCCUCGACUCGGACUGGGAUUGAUUCGUGUUUGAUCACGCGACCAAAAUAUCAAAAUAGUCCCUUCACAGUUCCCUGCACUUGCAUCGAAGCGAGACGAACGGUAAGUUUUCAGUGAUAGAGACAUGUGAAUGAUUGUCCAAGGUGUUAAAAAUGUUUCUAUCAUUGCAAGGUCAUCGUUCGUUUCGCUUCGAUGCAAAGGCACGGCUACCUUUCAAGAUGGAGCAGGGAACGGUGAAAGGGACUAUUGGCUAUUGCCAGCUAAAAAGUUACGAAUGAACUCUAUUUCAAGAGGGUAACACACGACAGUUAUAAUUUWAAAAAAAUCAUACUGAUAACCCAGUGGCCCUCAUACUAGUCUAGCCAGGCGUGUAACAUACAAAAAUCAAUUGUACUCAUCUUUAAAAAGAUGAAAGCCUUUCUCAAAACCCUCAAGUCUGUGACGUAAUCAUCCUUCACAUCCAAGCGUUUUUGUUUUCAAGAAAAAUGGAAAAUAAAGAUUUUUUUAACGUCGCA